AUGAGUGGAAUCAAGCAUUCCAUCACGCAGCUCAAACUUUUGUUAACUCGGAUCCCCUUGAUCCUGAGAACGCUUAUCUUGCAUGGCAUUCACAUGUCCCCCGUGUCGGGGAAACAAGACCUCCGCACUGAGCUUAUCACUGUGGUGAUCCGCUCAUUCGUCGCAGGCGAUGAGAGAAAAACAAUGACCGAAACGCAGAAGAAUAGCCUGCGGGACCCUGGCAUCAAAGGCCCUAUGUGGGUUUCCAAGGUCACUUUGCCCCAGCCCGAGUUGGAUGUACGCGAUGCAGUUGUCCGUGCGAUUGAAAUACUUGGAACUGGACAGGAGACAUUCGAUAUCCCUGAUACUACUGCCGUCGAAGCAGAAUGGACUGGAUAUCGCCGUGGAGUCGGUAAAAAAGAACCGCAGCCCGACAUCUCCGAAGAAGAAAAAUAUCGCGCCUUGCGCAAGGACAUCACAUCCGACAUGACGAUCCUGUAUCUGCACGGAGGUGCAUACAUCCUAAUGGACCCAUGCACCCACCGCUUGCCCGUCUCAAAUCUAGCCCGUCUAACGGGCGCCCAGGCCCUCUCAGUGCGCUACCGACUCGCACCGCAGAACCCAUUCCCAGCCGCUCUUGUUGACGCACUAACAGCGUACCUAUCGCUCAUUCACCCACCCAAAGGCUCCCUCCACGAGCCCGUCCCAGCAAACAAGAUCGUCAUUGCCGGCGAUUCUGCAGGCGGAAACUUGACUAUAGCCUUACUGCAAACUCUCCUCACCCUGCGCCGCGCCUCACGGCCAAUCACUUUCCAUGGACAGGAAGUGAACAUCGAACUUCCGGCUGGUGUGGCAGGUGUCUCACCCUGGUGCGAUGUCACACUCUCCAUGCCUUCGGUAGUGAGCAACCGUAAGUUCGAUUACAUGGAUAUCCGGCCCGGAGGUGUCGACGUACCAGACUACACUAAGCCCUACACGCCAUUUGCGUUUCCGGCCGAUGAUGUCUGGCCUGCUUCGCCUCCGCGUAUUGAUACUUUCUGCAAUGCAUCGAUCACUCAACACCCGCUCGUCUCGCCGAUGGCGGCUGACCCUGAAUUGUGGAGGGAUGCGCCUCCGGUCUUCAUUACUGUUGGAGAGGAGUGUCUGACAGACGAGGGCUUGGUUCUUGCCAGGAGAAUGCAUAAGGCUGGUGUGCCGGUUGUUGCGGAGAUGUUCGAGGGUAAACCGCAUUGUCAUGGGUAUAUUAUGCUUUCGACACCGACCGCGAAGAAGUUCUUCGAGGGUCUUGCUGGAUUUUGCUCCGGUGCUAUCAAGGGUGUGGUUACACCGACUGGGGUUUUGACGUGGCAUGGGUUCAAGUUGAGGGAAACACGAGAGAUUCCUUUGGAGAAAGCAUGUGAGGUUAGUGAUGAGGAGGUUGAGGAGAAGUUGCGUGCGAAUAAGAAUUGGAGGGUUGAGAGUGAGGAGGUGUUGCAGAAGGAGUGGCAGGAGAGGGCUCGUUUGUGA